GUGUACCUAUCAGCUGUUCCUAAGAAAGAAAGUAAACACUCCCAAAAUGCUCUGAGGCACAGGGAGUGGCUCAGGUUUCUUACACUUCCCUGCUGUGGAGAAAAGGAGAAGUAAUUAACAGCUCCUUGGCCUCUAGGAUCGCCGACCGCGUAGGGGGCACUGCAGGCGCCCAGAUGAGCCAUGCUCUGGGAGGAGACAGGCACCGCCCCUCCGCCCGCGCGGGCCUAGGACCUCCCCUACAGGUGAGUGACUCGUGAAGUCCCAGCACCAGCAGAGACAGGACACUGCUUUCCUUCAACCAGAGUUCCUGACCCAGCCAGGAACAAACCGCGAAGCAAGUUCAGCCCAACAACGAUGGUGAAAAGAAUUUUCCUGCUCACAGUGUGAAUAACAGGGUAUCCUCAGACCAUCGCAAAAAGGAGAGAAAGAUGGCUAUGAUGGCUCACCAGUACCCCUCUUGGAUCUUCAUCAAUGAGAGGACAUUCAUAACCAGGGAACAACUUAAUUCUUUAUUGAAGACCUAUAACAUUUUCUAUAAGAACCAGAAAAAUCUGCAUAUUUUAUAUGGAGAGACUGAAGAUGGCAAACUAAUGGUUGAAGGAAUGCUGGACAUAUUCUGGGGAGUAAAACGACCUAUACAGCUAAAAAUACAAGAUGAGAAGCCAUUCUCUUCUUUUACCACGAUGAAGUUACCAGAUGUCUUCUCCAGCAAAGGAAUGACACGCUGGGGGGAAUUUGAUGAUCUCUAUCAUAUUAGCGAACUGGACAGGACCCAGAUUCCAAUGUCUGAAACAAGGAAUUCCCAGGAAGACUAUUUAUCUUAUGGCAUCAGCACCCUGAAGCCACAUGCAGAGGAUGAACCAGACUCCCCAAUGCUCUAUAGAACCAUGAGUGAAGCAACCCUCGUGAGAAAAAGGAUGAAACCUCUGAUGAUGGACAGAAAAGAAAGACAGAAAAAUAGAGCCUCUAUUAACGGACACUUCUAUAACCAUGAAACAUCAAUUUUCAUUCCAGCCUUUGGAUCAGAAACUAAGGUCAGAGUAAACAGUAACAUGAGAACUGAAGAAGUAAUAAAGCAACUUCUCCAAAAAUUUAAGAUUGAAAAUAGUCCCCAGGAUUUUGCUCUUCACCUUAUUUUUGCAACUGGAGAACAGAGACGACUAAAGAAGACGGAUAUUCCCCUACUGCAGAGGCUCCUUCAGGGACCCUCUGAAAAAAAUGCUCGCAUUUUCCUCAUGGAUAAAGAUGCAGAAGAAAUUAGCAGUGAUGUUGCUCAGUACAUUAAUUUUCACUUUACUCUCUUGGAAUCCAUUCUUCAAAGAUUAAAUGAAGAAGAGAAAAGAGAGAUUCAGAGAAUAGUAGCAAAAUUCAAUAAAGAAAAGGCUAUUAUACAGAAAUGUCUUCAAAAUAAACGGGUAAUAAAAACAGAGACAACAGUUUAGCAGUACAGGCUGCUAUUGCUAAAACACUUCAAGAAACUGAGAGAGAGAUUACUAUUUGAUGAGUGCAUAAGUUCUGUACUUGCAUUUAUACAAAUAUAUAUGAGACUUGACUCUGUAGAAAAUUGAAUGUCAAAAAAGCUUGUUUCUGUUUGAAGUGAUGAGGUUAACUAGGGUUCACAGUUGGACUAAAAUGAGCUUCAGUUCAGUUUCAGUAACUGAAAUAAGCUUGAAUACUGUGCAUUCCAAAGAGCUUUUAUAGUAAAACUUGUAAUGAACUCAAAUUUAAAUUGUGUCCUAAGCCAUUUAAACUGCAGUUAGCUUAGACUCUGAAGAGAACUGAAACACAAUCAAUGGAUUUAGAAAUGACUCAGGAAAAAGAAGCUGCCAGUUCUUGAAAUGAAAAAGAAAUACAGUUUUAUACCAUCAAGGAAUGAAAAAGAAAUACAGUUUACACCAUCAAGGAAUCUAUCUGAUGGUGACAGGGUUUCACAGCUUCUUGAAAACUCUGGCAUUUUCAUAAAAUCUAGGACUAUAUUUACAUGGCCUGUUGAUUUCUGGCUAUCUGUAACAUCAGAGCUAUCUGGCCUUUGGAAAGGAAAAGAUUAUGGACUCUGUAAAGAAAUCCUAAUUGAAAUUUUCUAAGCCUCCCCUCAACCCUUUUUUUUUCCUCUCUCUUUGCUCUACUGAUGAAAGAACUAACAUCAGUUCUAAACUUUUCUUAAGCUCUUUUUUAAAUUAGUUGAACUUUUUCUUUAUUUCUCAAAAAAUAUGUGCAUCACAUAGACAUAUUACAUCAGCUAAAGCAAGACUUGGCCCACAAAUACCUAUUUGUUACUGAAUAAAUACAAAGGAAAAAGCAAGGCUGUUGUAGCUGAAGUUAGGCAGAGAAUAACAAACUCUGCCCUCUUAGCAUUUUCUUAUGCUACAUGACAACCCUCAAGGUACUUACAGGUCUGCUUAACCCACUAAAAAAAACUCUAAGAAUAAAGAAAUUCUAUAGGUAUCAUCUAUGAUUUUAUUUAUAAAUUCUAUAUCAAAAUGGAAUUACAUGUAACAUUCUUUCAUUCUGUAAACUAAUUCUAUUUGCAUUCCUCAUAAGCAAUGUAGUGAACUGUUUGAUCAUGUUACAUGUACUAAGGAAUAAGAUUAUAUGCAAUAAACCCAAUUGAAAGAUUAAUAAUAUUAAAAUUUGAAACAUUUUUAAGACAAAAGCAUUCCUUCUCAGUAUUCAAACCUAAACAGGAUGAAGGUGAAAGUGUACUGUAGCUUUUACGAGCCUAAGAAGUCUCCCUUACAAACUCAAUCAGAGGCAUGCAUCUUUAUUCUUUUACCUGUCAAUUAAUAAGAAAAUAGUCUCAUCUCACUAAAAUAAGGCAAAUGUAAUCGUUAAAAUUCAACAUACUUAUAAAAAAAUUAAAGUAGUGUCAAGUACCUGCCAUGAACAUGAUAAAAGAUUAAUCUUUAUAGACUGAAAAGUGUAAGAAAAGCACCAAGUCUUACACAUGUGGAAAAAAAUCACAGAAGAGAAAAUGUAAAUGGUACUAAGUAUAUGAAACAAGUCAUAUCUUAAUAGUGAUCAACUGUGUUAGUCUGUAUCAAUCAGGAGACAGAAACAAUGCAACAUACAGGGAAAGUUUAAUAUAGAUCAUAGUGAAGCUAUGAUAGGAGAGAGAAAUAAAGAUGGAAGGAGAAGGUACCCUAAGGCUGAGAGAAAGAAUUCUAAAAAGGAAAAGCAGGAAUGAGGGUUUCAGAAUUCAGUGGAGAACGUGUGGUUGCAGCCCGCUGGAGAGAAGUUUUCUGGCUUGUCCAGGCCAGUGCAGGACUACAGGUACCAGACAAGCAGGUAUAAAUAACCCUGUGGGUGUGGACCAGCUGAGGCAGGUGGGCACAUAUGCAGAGGGACCUGGGGCUUUGCCAAAGGGUGAGCACAAAGGAGUCAGGGGAAGUGCUCCAGGUACUAUUGAAACUAGAAGCCAGAGGGGCCUUCUUUACAGGAACCUAGCACAACUUUGUGUGUGACUUGAGACUGAGCAAGACAAAGCUCAGGCAAGUGGCUCAGUAGCUGGCCAGCCCAGCAUGGUCCUCUAUAUGACUGUGCACCCAGCUGAGGACAAGAGAUGGAGAACAGCAACUGGAGCUUCAAGGCAGGCUUGCAUUGUGGCUCCAGGUGAUACCACCACUGCCCAAAGCAAAAGCUGGAGAAGCAGGUGGAGAAAUGCUGGAGAAAGCGGUCUCAAGUCACACACAAAGUUGUGCUAGGUUCCUGCAAAAGCGGCCCCUCCCGUUUUUACUUUCAAUAGCACCUGCAGCACCUCCCCUGACGCCUUUGUGCGCAGCCCGGAGGAAUCAGACAAGACCACUUCCUCUUGUAGUGUGUCUCCAGCGCCCUCUACUGACAAAACAUGACAUCAUGCAAACUGCAAAGAAAUAUUUAAAGGGUCUGUAUUUAUUAUCACAGAGCAGGCAACCAACAGUGAAUUUGGAGCUGCGAAGCAGCAAAACAAUAACUGGCAUACCAAUUAAGUACAAAGUAAAAUACAUACAUACAUACAUACAUACAUACAUACAUACACACACACACACACACACACACACACACACAUUUUGGCCUAUUAGCAAAGAUUAAGAAAUGAUAACAUUAAAUAAUAAAUCACACUGAGAUGGGAACUCAAACUUCUGGUAAAAAUACAAAUGGAUAUGAUUUUUCUUGAAGGCAACUUAGUAAUCCAUUUAUCCUAUAAUUCUACUUGUAAGAUCCUAGCAUAUGGAAAUAACCAGAGAUACAAGUACUUUUCUGCAAAGAUGUUCUAUAUUAUUUAUUGUGACGAAAGGAAAUAAAAAGCCUAAGUGCUCAGAAAAUUAUUCGAAAAGAAGAGAGGGAGAAACAGGCCAUGCACAGUGGCUCAUGCCUGUAAUCUCAGCACUCUGAGGGAGGCAGAGGCGGGCAGAUCACUUGAGGUCGGGAGUUCGAGAUCAGACUGACCAACAUGGUGAAACCCUGCCUCUACUAAAAAUACAAAAAAUUAUCCAAGUGCAGUGGCAGGCACCUAUAAUCCCCGCUACUCGGGAGGCUGAGGCAGGAGAAUCAUUUGAACCAGGGAGGCAGAGGUUGCAGUGAGCCAAGAUAGCACCACUACACUCUAGCCUGGGCAACAGAGCAAGAUUCUGUCUCCAAAAAAACAAAAAAGAGGGAAAUAAAUGUUUAUUUGUAUAAUGUUAUAUAGCCAUUAAAAUUAUGUUUCCAAAUAAUUUUAAUUAUGGGGUAAAUUCUUAGAUAUCUAAGUAAGAAUAUAUGCAUACACAUAUUCCAAAAUAUUUGUUAUAUAAUUAAGGCAUGUAUACUAUGUAUAUGUAUAUAUAUAAAAUAUAUUUAUGUGUGUGAACACUAAUAUUUGCAUAUAUACACACAAGAAACAAAAACAUAUUAAAAGUGGCUAUACCUGCAUUGUAGAAUUAUGAGUGAGUCAUGUUUUUCUAAUUUCCCUAUAUUUAUUAAGUGUUCUAUUAUACUUGUUACUUUUUAAAUCAGGAAAUAGUAAAGUUAUUAUUUAAAAGUUGUCAACAAAAAGUAACAAGAACAUGCAAGCACAGAAUUCUACUUAAUGCAAAAAAAUUCAAAUCAAUUUUUCAAAUGAGACAUUAACAUCACUUCUGUGAUAGUUUUAUAUCCAUAAAAUCUUUAAUUCUCUUCCUUUGAAGAGAUGGAGGCUAAUCCUCCUCACCCUGCAAAUGGGCUGGACUUAGUGACUUCUUUUUAUUUUCUUUUUAAUUGACAAAUAAUAAUUGUAUGUAUUUAAGAGGUACAAUAUUAUAUUGUGAUAUGUGUAUACAUUGUGGAAUUCUUAAAUCAAGCUAAUUAACAUAUCCAUAACCUCAUAUACUUAUCAUUUCCUUGUGGUGAGAACAUUUAAAAAUGUACUUUUUAAGCAAUUAGAGACUUACUUCUAACAAACAUAGGAAAGUGGAAGAAACUGAGACUUUGAAGAGUAGGUCAUAAAAGUCACUGUGGCUUCCUCCUUGCUUUCUCUUGGAUCACUUGCUCUGGGGAAAGUCAACUGCCAUGUCCUAAGCAGCCCUGGAAAGACCUACUGAAACCUUCUGCCAAAUACCAGCAGGGAAUUGAGGCCUCCUGUCAACAGCCAUCUUAGAAAUGGAUCUUCUAGCCUCAGUCAAGCCUUCAGAUGACUGCAGCCCUGACUUAUAGCUUGACGGUAACUUCAUGAGAGACCUUGAGUCAGAAAACCCAAGGAAGGCAUUCUGGAUUGCUCAUCCGAGAAACUGUCUGAGAUAAGAAUUGUUUGUUGCAUGCUGCUAAAUUUGGGAUGAUUUGUUACAUAGAAAUAUAUCUCAUACAAUUUCUGAGAAAAAUAGUUUAUUUUAGAAUCAUUUUUGCAUAAUGCAAGAAUAUUAACUUGUCACAGAAUCAUUUAUCCUUGUUUUAGGUGGUCCAAAUAUUUCAUUGUUAGUUACAUAUUACUUUAAAUUACAUUAUAGAUAAUAUGUAUUAUUAAUGGUAAAAAAUGUGUCACAGUCAUCUUUUUAUGCUUUUCUGUACUUAAUAUUGUGUCUUGUACAUAAUAUUGUGUCUUGUGAGAGAAAUACUCAAUAAAAAUUGAUUUAAUA